CCCGACAGCCUUCGCGCGGGGCCUGACGCUCCGCUCCGCAAGAUGGCGGCGGACAGUGAGCCCGAGUCCGAAGUGUUUGAGAUCACAGACUUCACCACAGCCUCGGAGUGGGAGAGGUUUAUUUCCAAAGUUGAAGAAGUAUUGAAUGACUGGAAACUGAUUGGACACUCUCUGGGAAAGCCACUGGAAAAGGGUAUAUUUACUUCUGGCACAUGGGAAGAGCGGUCAGAUGAAAUUUCCUUUGCUGACUUCAGGUUUUCAGUCACGCAUCACUAUCUUGUACAAGAGACUCCUGAUAAAGAAGGAAAGGAUGAAGAAUCAGAGGAUGCUAUUCCCCAGUCAAUGCAAGAUUUGCUAUGUAUGAAUAACGACUUUCCUCCAAGAGCACAUUGCCUGGUAAGAUGGUAUGGCCUGCGUGAGUUUGUGGUGAUUGCUCCUGCUGCACACAGUGAUGCAGUUCUCAGUGAAUCCAAGUGCAACCUCCUCCUUAGUUCCAUUUCUAUUGCUUUGGGAAACACUGGCUGCCAGGUACCAUUGUUUGUCCAAAUACAUCACAAAUGGCGACGAAUGUACAUGGGAGAAUGUCAAGGUCCUGGUGUUCGUACUGACUUUGAAAUGGUUCAUCUUCGAAAAGUGCCAAGUCAGUACACUCAUUUGUCAGGCCUGCUGGACAUCUUCAAAUCCAAAAUUGGCUGUCCUUUAACUCCACUGCCUCCAGUUAGCAUUGCAAUUCGGUUCACGUAUGUGCUUCAGGAUUGGCAGCAAUACUUUUGGCCUCAGCAGCCUCCAGAUAUAGAUGCCCUUGUGGGAGGAGAAGUUGGAGGCCUGGAGUUCGGCAAGUUGCCAUUUGGUGCCUGUGAAGAUCCUAUCAGUGAACUCCAUUUAGCAACCACGUGGCCUCAUUUGACAGAAGGGAUCAUUGUAGAUAAUGAUGUUUAUUCUGAUUUGGAUCCUGUUCAAGCUCCCCAUUGGUCGGUUAGAGUUCGAAAAGCUGAUAAUCCCCAGUGUUUACUAGGUGAUUUUGUUACUGAAUUUUUAAAAAUUUGCCGUCGAAAGGAAUCAACUGAUGAAAUUCUUGGACGAUCCACAUUUGAAGAAGAGGGAAGAGAAGUUGCUGAUAUAACUCAUGCUUUGUCAAAGCUGACUGAACCAGCACCAGUUCCAAUUCAUAAAUUAUCAGUUUCAAAUAUGGUACACACUGCAAAGAAGAAAAUACGGAAGCACAGAGGAGAGGAGUCACCACUGAACAAUGAUGUUCUCAAUACCAUUCUCUUGUUCUUGUUCCCAGAUGCUGUCUCUGAGAAGCCGUUAGAUGGAACUACUUCAAUAGACAAUAACAAUCCUGCAUCAGAGGCUGGAGACUAUACUCUCUACAAUCAGUUCAAGUCUGCGCCCUCCGACAGUCUAACAUACAAACUGGCCUUGUGUCUUUGUAUGAUCAACUUCUACCAUGGAGGGCUGAAGGGAGUGGCACAUCUCUGGCAGGAAUUUGUUCUUGAAAUGCGUUUCAGAUGGGAAAACAACUUUCUGAUUCCAGGACUAGCAAGUGGACCACCAGAUCUAAGAUGCUGCUUACUGCAUCAGAAACUACAGAUGUUAAAUUGUUGUAUUGAAAGGAAGAAAGCACGUGAUGAAGGGAAGAAGACGAGCCCCUCAGAUAGUACAACUAGUGCAUAUCCAGGGGAUGCUGGGAGAGCUGGAGGCCAGCUGGGCCUGGACCAUCUCAGAGAUACAGAGAAGGAAAAGGGAGAAGUAGGGAAGUCCUGGGAUUCUUGGAGUGAUAGCGAAGAAGAGUUUUUUGAAUGCCUCAGUGAUACGGAAGACCUUAAAGGAAAUGGGCAGGAGAGUGGUAAGAAAGGAGGUCCCAAGGAGAUGGCAAACUUAAAGCCAGAAGGCCGCCUGCACCAGCACGGGAAACUCACCCUGCUGCAUAAUGGAGAGCCUCUCUACAUUCCAGUGACCCAGGAACCAGCACCCAUGACAGAAGAUCUGCUGGAAGAGCAGUCUGAGGUCUUAGCAAAAUUAGGGACAUCUGCUGAGGGGGCGCACCUCCGAGCACGCAUGCAGAGUGCCUGUCUCCUCUCUGAUAUGGAGUCUUUUAAGGCAGCUAAUCCAGGCUGCUUUCUGGAAGAUUUUGUGAGGUGGUACUCACCAAGGGACUACAUUGAGGAGGAGGUGACUGAUGAGAAGGGCAAUGUGGUCCUGAAGGGGGAGCUGAGUGCCCGUAUGAAGAUCCCCAGCAACAUGUGGGUAGAAGCCUGGGAAACUGCUAAGCCUGUUCCAGCAAGACGCCAGAGGAGGCUGUUUGAUGAUACCCGAGAGGCAGAAAAGGUGCUGCACUACCUGGCCAUGCAGAAGCCUGCAGACCUAGCCAGGCACCUCCUGCCUUGUGUGAUUCAUGCAGCUGUUCUCAAGGUAAAGGAAGAAGAAAGUCUGGAAAACAUUCCUUCUGUUAAGAAGAUUAUAAAGCAGAUCAUAGCCCAUUCCAGCAAAGUUCUGCACUUCCCCAAUCCCGAGGACAAGAAACUGGAAGAAAUCAUCCUUCAGAUCACUACUGUGGAAGCUAUAAUAGCCCGAGCCCGGUCUCUGAAGGCCAAGUUUGGAACUGAGAAGUGUGAGCACGAGGAAGAAAAGGAAGAUCUGGAAAGGUUUGUCAGCUGCCUGCUGGAGCAGCCUGAGGUAUCAGUCACUGGGGCAGGAAGUGGACAUGCUGGCCGCAUCAUCCACAAGCUGUUUGUGAAUGCUCAGCGGCUGACUGAAUCUUCUGAUGAGGCUGCCGCAGUGGCUCUGCCGGAGGAGGAGCUGAAGAGAUCAGGCUGCCCAGAGGAGAGAAGACAGACACUGGUGUCGGACUUCCCACCGCCUGCAGGCCGGGAGCUGAUCCUGAGGGCCACUGUGCCACGGCCUGCUCCCUACUCCAAGGCCCUGCCACAGCGCAUGUACAGCGUGCUCACCAAGGAGGACUUCAGACUUGCGGGUGCCUUCUCCUCAGACACCUCCUUCUUCUAGGGGGAGGAGGAGUGGCAGCUCCUGCCAUGGGCACCUGAGACGACCUUGUCAAACCAGCAGCAGGAGUCACACCAGCAUCCAGAGGCAUCUGUAGUACCAAGCUUGAGCCAGAUGGAUAGAUUUGAGGUGUCAAAGACUUCCACCUGGGGGGAGAUGGCCUGUGUUGGGGGAACCACACAUCAGCAGGCCUCUUACCUUGGGGGACAGAGUUUGUUCAUUCUCUUAUGACAGUCAUCUUUGUAGACACUUAGUGGCUAUCCUUAUUAGUAUUACAUAUGCAAGGUAGAGUAUCCGUUAACUCACGUUCUGGACACUUGGUGGUAGAGCCUUUAGUCCCAGGAUCUGUGUUUUUAAACUGCCACGUGGCUUUCUGUUUAUUCAGUCACCAGAUGGAUAGUCAGCUUUAUUAUCUAUUUGAUGAGCAUUUGAAUAUUCUAGGAGAAAGACUAGAAUUUCAGUUUUGUUUUUCCAUGUCACUAACCAAAUGCAUUUCUUCUGAUCAAUCUGUACAUGAAAUGUAGCUGCAGACUAGUGCGCUCUCUCUGUGUCUGUCUGUCUGUCUUAUAGGAUCUCUUGGUCCUCAUGCUUGCACCCCUGCUUUGCACUUUACUUCUCUGCGUUGCUGGCUAGGGAUGGUAUUUAAUGACAUCAUAUGAGCACAUGUUGAACACACAUCCUGGGAACAUAGAUCAGCGUGCAAUUAGUGAGCUGUGGUGUGUGUGCCGAGGCUGUGAGUGGGCUGACGCACCUGGUGCAGGGGUGAUGGCUCUGUCCUCUGCAGCUCAGAAUGCAUCAAUACGCUGCUGCGGGACCUCUCCUUGGUGAUUGUAAAUUAUUUGGGGACCUAAAUUUCCCACUUGAAUCCAAAGUAAAAAAUGGUUAUGCUGAAGUGUAAAUUCCGCCUGUGUGAUUUUUAAAAAUUAAUAGAACUGCACAAGCCCUGUGUUAUUUUUGUAAAAGAAAAAAAAGUAUAUAUAUAUAUAUUUAUCUGUAUGGUGUGCACAGACACAUGUCUGUCUGGGAAUAGGAGGGCCAGGGGCCGACCCCUAGGCUUCCCAGUGCUCUUUCCUCUGAAAUGCUGGACUUUGCUUCUUAGAAACCCAUAGAUACGGGCUGAGGCAUGAGGGGCCAGAACAACUACAAGACAGGACAGUGUCUGCCUGCUUUCCUGGGUAUAGAUGACAGAACUCUACAGUGUGGGGUUGGUCUAAAAUGGCAUUGUUUAUCUAAUAAAACGGACUGCUGU